UUAGGAAAAGCUAUGUUUUUCCCCCAUUUGUCAUAAACUUAGCACACGAAUGUACAUAAGUUUCCCCAUUUUAAAUGGUUUGUGUGUAAGGAGAAGCUGUUAUGCACGAUGCUUCUCUUACUACCUAAAACAUUAUCUGAUGGUGGUUGAGGUGUUGUGCUGCUGACUGAGGAGGAUGGUGGUGACUGACGUGAUGGAGCCAGGGCAUGGGGCAAACAUGGAGGGUGGAGGUCGAGGGAUCUCCACCGCAACACUCUUGUCGGAACUGGAUCGUUUCCUGGGCCUUGCCAUGUCCACCGGUGACAAGAGGAGUCACAGUGGAAGGAGGGAUGCCAUGAGUGAGAGAGACGAACAGACAGCAGCCGAAACAGCUCUCUUCCUCCUACGAAAUCUUCCUCCUGCCCGACCAGCAGCACUGGCAUUCCUGGCCCACACACUUUCAAGUCAAGUGUCAUCUCACAUUCGAGGAUAUAGCAGUGGCGAAGGCUCACGCAAGAAUGAAGCUCAAGAUGAAGGUCUCUCGGGACAGCUGGAGAGUCUACUGGGUGACUUACUAGAGUCUGCCCCUGGAGUGUGGGGACCUUUGGUUAGUCAAUGGGCUGUGGAACAGCUCGGUCGUUGGUCAGUGGAGUGGGCCAACACUGUUGUGGGUCGAGGUGAUGCCACACUAGAAGAGGUGGUAGCAGGUUGGCUGUCAUGCAGUCCAGCAAGGACAUUGGCUGCACUGACAGUGGAUUGUGUGGCUCAUGAUCCAGACACAGCAGUGGCUGCCCUGCUUGAUGCAAGUGCAGCAAGUGGACCAGCACUGGACUGGCUUGUGGCUCAUGUUGGUUGUUCCUUCCCAGCCACGGUCAUCAGUCGGGUGCUGUCGCUGGGACUUCGCAGCUUUGCGUCCUGCCAUGGACGGCCGCCUGAACACCAGCUUGCCAGUGUAAACAAGAUCCUCAAUCAUUUGGCAGAUCGACACCUGGCUGAUAUUCGUCGCAGCCUUCAUGCCAUCUUGCUUCGUACAUUUGAGGGAGCAACAGAUGCUGAGGCUCAGGCAUCUGUUCCUUUCUUGUUGUGUCUAGCUGUGACCAGCAGGUCUCGUGCAGUGCUUGCUGCUCUCACUUCAGGCAUUGAUACCCUCCUGAUGCCUAGUGAUCGCUUGGCUGCUCUUGCCAACCAGGUGAGCUGGUGGGUACCACGGUAUUUUGUAAACCACUGCCAGUUGCAGGAAAUGGUUGUUCAUCUAGUGCUGGACACAGGGGGCUCUGCAGCUCCAUCAAUCCUGCGUCUACUACUCCAGGCUCUUGCACCAGCAUCAAAGCUACCUGGCUCUGUUGGGGGUGCUGUUAACAAUAUUCUACAAGGAGUAGUAAGUGAGAUAUGUAUGGUCACCUAUAUGAGACGAAAUUCAGGUCCAGGCCGCAUUCACAUCCCUUUCCUGGUGGGUUUGCGCGGUGGAGGACUGGAUGGCAGUGACGUGGGCAUGGUGGUUGCUGGUAAGGCUGUGUCCCCUGUGGCCGGCCUGGUGGAACAAAUAAUCUCUACACCUAAUAAUGAAACCUUAAUUAACCAUUUGAAACAGUUGAUAACUCUGGUUGUUGUGCAGCAAGGACCGGCUACAGCAAACACAACACUAGGUCACUUACUACGCUGCAGCACUAAGGAUGGAGCAAAUGGUCACCAAGAAAUUCUUUCUGGCGUCAUCACAGCUCUUGUGGUGCACCAGACUGCACGGCAUACACACACAUCUGCACUUUCCACAGCAUUGGCUGGAACACUUCAACCACAAAUGGGAGCUUCUGCCAUCCUAAAUUCUUUGAGUAGUCUAGAAACCCUUCUUUGCCAAAGCCACAAAGACAGGGGGGUCCAGAUUCAUGCAUCUUUGACUAAUGCUCUGUUGACCAACAUUCCACUUCUAGCUGAGCUGAUCAAUGAUCCUGUUCUUGGGACUGCCUGUAUGCAGGUUCUCUGUCAGUUGCCUUUAAAGAAGCCAAUACCUGUUGGUCACGUCCUAUCUUUAAGUCAUGCUGUCAUUUUUUACUUUUUCAGCAGCUUACACCACACAAGCUUGAUUAAAAAGGUGUCUGGUGUUGGUAGAUGUCAGCGAGUGUUGAGUCAGCUGUCUUGCUCAUCCCUUGGUCUGAACCAGAUCAUUAGGCUUUUAGUGGAAGGUGUGUUUCAGCCUGAGUGUGCUUAUUUGUUUGGAGCAGUGAAGAAGGUAAACUUUGCAUCAAAAGAGAUAAAGGGUGAGCUGCUGAUCCAAGCUAAUAGACAGUUUAAUUCCUGGGUCAAAGUACCUCAGUCUCAUACCAGCAUUUUCCACAUGGGGACCAUAGGCAGUGGUCGCUUCUCCCAGCACAACCGCACCCCCAUGCCCUCAUCAGACACAUUGAAAUUUCACACACAAUUGCUGCUCAACACACUGAGUGUGUGCUGUGCUGCACAGACAAAUGGAGAAGGAGCUUCUACUGUUGCCCUUCUACUAGUGGAGUUGAUAUCACCAGACAUAAUGUUUAAUGGUUUCCCUUGGCCAGAAGAAUACAUCAAAUUUACCUUUGAGAGGGACCUAUCCAUCAAAAAUACAUUUGAAGACUUCCCAGUUGCAUGGCAGCUGCUAGAGUUUGUAGCAACACACCGUGCUGCGCUGAGCUACUGUUCAGUGUUGGUGCGUGCCCUAACGGCUGCUCUCACAGCCUACUGGAAUACUUGCCCCUUUGCUACUGCUCAGAAUGCCCCAGAGGCUCUCAUUGCAACACAGCACCUCUUGGAGGUGAUGGUAACUGCUCAGUUCCUUCCUGGUCCCUUGCGAGUUCUUCCCCAGAUGGUGGUUCACCUAGCACCCUUUGAGAUGGUAUGCAUCCUUCAGGAUGUUUGGAUGUUCAUGAGGGAUCACACACCCUCCCCAGAUCGAUGGCAGGAGCUCCCCUCAGGCUACUACCAGCGUACCCCUGACCCUCCCUUGGCGCCAGGCUACACUGAUCGCAUUCAGCACAUCAUUCAGUCCAAUGUUCAUAAGCUUGGACACCUCAUGUCCUCCAUGGUAAAUGCCAAGUCAUAGAGGACAUGCUACCAUUUUUCUAGUAAGAAAAUUUGUUAGCCUUAGGGAGCUCUAGUUUUAUCAUACAAUUGUUUUUAAUAAAUAUGCUGUGGCACUA